GAAAGUACAAUUUCAACUGCCAUCUAUUAAGUUUCAUCUAAAAAGCACAGAUAAUGGCUCCCAAAAUUGAAAUUAUACAUGAUGAACAAUUAGUCCUUGGUGAAGGACCCCACUGGGACCAUGCAGCUCAAGUACUUUAUUACGUUGACAUAAUUGAAUCUACGGUUUUCAAGUAUGAUCCAAAAAUUAACAAAAUCACUCGAGUCAUUGUUGAUAAACAGGAUAAGACAAGUGUGAGCUUUGUAGUACCUAUAGAAGGUACCAAUGAUAAAUUUGUCAUUGGGUACGGGAAAAAGUUCGCUGUUUUGACUUGGGAUGGUGUUAGCAUAGAUCCAACUAACGUUAACAUCCUUGUUGAAGUGGAUUCUGGGACUCAAAACAUAUUCAAUGAUGGAAAAGCUGAUCCCUCAGGGCGUUUGUGGUCUGGUACAUGGGAAAUGGCCACAUUCAAACCAGGUAUAUCAGAAUCAUGAAAGGGAACGUUUUAUUCUUUAAGCAAAGAUGGGAAAUCUGUCAAGGCUCACUUUAGUGGUGUGGGAAUCAGUAAUGGUCUUGCUUGGUCUGCUGAUAGAACAACCUUUUAUUACAUAGAUAGUCUCAAUUUUGCCAUUGACGGAUUCAAUUAUAAUAUUGAUACUGGAGAGAUAACAAAUCGACGAACCAUCUUUGACUUGAAAAAGAAUAAUAUCAAGGGACUUCCUGAUGGAAUGACAAUAGAUAGUAAGGAUAAAUUAUGGUUUGCCACAUUCAACGGUACUGGAGUUCAUCAAGUGGAUCCUAAAACUGGUACCCACCUCCAGUUUGUGCAACUUCCAACAGCAAGGGUUACUUCGGUCGCCUGGGGUGGACCAAAUUUGGAUGUACUCUACGUGACUAGUGCUAGUCUGUAUGAGUCUAUAGACCAGAGCGAUAUUGAUAAGCCCUAUGCAGGACGCGUGUUUAAAAUUACUGGUCUUGAUGCAUUUGGACUACCAGGUGUCCCAGUCAAGCUAUAAAUAUUAUACAAAAGUAAAUCCAAACUGUUAAUAAAGGAACUACAAAU